AUGUCUUUCGCCGUUCGCCGUGUCGCUCUUGCUUCCCGCACAGCUGCCGUCUCGACUGUGCCAAGGGCAUCAUUCACCACCGGCUCGAUCCUCAACAAGACCCCCACAGAGUCCGUCAAGGAUGGCCUUAAGAAGGUCGACCGUGUCGUGAGCGACAAGCUCGUCGACGGAAUCAACGUCGCUGCCAACGUUGGUCAGAAGGCCAAGGAGGUCACCGAAGACAUGACCUCUAGCGACGCUGCAAAGAAGGCCAGCGAGCUUGCCGGAGAGGCCCAGGGAAAGGCUAGCCAGAUGGCGGGACAGGCCCAAGGAAAGGCGAGCGAGAUGGCCGGCCAGGCCCAAGGAAAGGCGAGCGAAAUGGCCGGCCAGGCCAAGGGCAAGGCUGCUGAGGUUCAGGGUCAGGCUCAAGGGAAGGCAGAGGAGGUCAAGCGCAACAUGUAA